AUGGGAACCUGCGCUUGCGCUGCUGUCGGCCAUGAGCCGCCGUCGCAUUGCCAGCGAGAUGGCCACGAAUAUCGGCAUCGCGGCCUGCGAGGAUCAGAGGUUUCUAAAUGUCGGGGUGGCGAGGGGUAUAGGAGGUUGCGGCUGAGAAAAUCGAAUUCUUGCGAGGAAGGGCACCAGUGGCAACUUGCCAUCAGCCUGCUGACCGAACUAUCCACCACCAGGGUGCAUCGAACGGACACCGUGAACACAGCAGCGUCGGCCUGCGAGCGGGGACGCAAGUGGCAGCAAGCAUUGCGUGUUUUUGAUGAUGCCUUCCGUGCUGGGGUGGCGCCCUCUCCGGUCUCGCUUGUGGUCCUGCUAUCAGCUUGUGCAACAGGUAACUUUUGGGAGGCAGCACUCACCUGGCUGUCCCGAGCUUCAGACAAGGGAGACUUCGCAACCCAAACGGCCUGCCUCAAUGCUGCCAUCACCUGCUGUGCACGUGCGGUGCAGUGGGAGCAUUCUGCAGCCAUCCUCUUCAACCAGUCCAGUGUCAGCAAGGACAUCAUCAGCUACAGCUCUGCGAUGGACGCUUGCCGCUGGGGCCGCGCCUGGCCAAGUGCCGCCAGCCUUUUGGCGACGUCAGCCGAGGCCAGGGUGGACCUGGGUGCGGUGGCGCACAGGUCAGUCGUGGAGUGCCUGGAACAUGUGCAGAAGUGGGAGGGGAUCGUGCGGAUGCGGCUGGAAGCAUCCGUGCUUGCGCGUGCCGCGCGUGCCGGCCAUGCCUCCGACCCCGACAGCUGGUUCUGGAUGUCCUGGUGGCUCCUCGAGAACUUGGAGCCACAACUUGGAGGACAAGGCCAGCUUUUCCGAAGCUUCCGCGCCUCCGUGGAGCAGUUCACAUCGCUUACGUCGCCGCGCCUCCAGGCCUUCGAGUCUUUGGAAGAACUUGCUUCGCACCCUUCGUCACUUUCGUCGCUUCCCUGCGGCAUCGCGCGCCAUAGUGCAGAGGAGCUGGAGCUGGGCGGCGCGCUUUGUGGAAUCCGUGUCGGGAACCCUGGGGAACAGCCCAGGCAGAGUGUUGUGCGGAGAUCCUUUGAAACGGCGCCUAAUUAG